UUCCUGUCCCCAGCCGUUCGCAGCCAUGAUGCAGGAAGGGCUGGACGACGGACCCGAUUUCUUGUCCGAGGAGGACCGGGGACCUCGAGCGGUGAACGUGGAUCUGGAGAUGGACGCCACGCUGCAGGUCGAUAUUUCUGAUGCUCUCAGCGAGAGAGACAAGGUGAAGUUCACCGUCCACACCAAGAGCACGCUCCCCAACUUCAAACAGAACGAGUUCUCUGUGGUGCGGCAGCACGAAGAGUUCAUCUGGCUGCACGACUCGUUCGUGGAAAACGAAGACUAUGCAGGAUACAUCAUUCCCCCGGCCCCGCCCAGACCCGACUUUGAUGCAUCCAGAGAGAAGCUGCAGAAGCUGGGAGAGGGAGAAGGAUCCAUGACCAAGGAGGAGUUCACAAAGAUGAAGCAGGAGCUGGAGGCAGAGUACCUGGCUAUCUUCAAGAAGACCGUGGCCAUGCACGAGGUCUUCCUGUGUCGCGUAGCCGCUCAUCCCAUCCUCAGGAAGGACCUGAACUUCCACAUCUUCCUGGAGUACAACCAGGAUCUGAGUGUUCGAGGGAAGAACAAGAAGGAGAAACUGGAGGAUUUCUUUAAGAACGUGGUGAAGUCAGCUGAUGGUGUCCUGGUGGCCGGAGUCAAGGACGUGGAUGACUUCUUCGAGCACGAAAAGACGUUUCUGUUAGAAUAUCACAACAGAGUCAAAGAUUCUUCAGCCAAAUGUGACCGAAUGAUCCGCUCCCAUAAAAAUGCUGCUGAUGACAUGAACAGAAUCGCUUCAUCUCUCUACACGUUAGGAACACAAGAGUCCACGGACCUCUGCAAGUUCUUCCUGAAAGUGUCCGAGCUGUUCGACAAAACGAGGAAAAUUGAAGCUCGAGUUGCAGCCGAUAAAGACCUGAAGCUGGCUGAUCUUCUGAAAUAUUACCUGAGAGAGUCUCAGGCUGCCAAGGACCUUCUGUACCGAAGGAGCCGAGCUCUGGUGGACUACGAGAAUGCUAACAAGGCUCUGGAUAAAGCUCGGGCCAAAAACAGAGACGUCCUGCAGACGGAGACCAGCCAGCAGCUCUGCUGCCACAAGUUUGAGAAGAUCUCCGAGUCUGCCAAGCAAGAACUCAUCGAUUUCAAGACGAGACGAGUGGCGGCAUUCAGGAAGAACCUGGUGGAGCUGGCAGAACUGGAGCUCAAACAUGCAAAGGGAAACCUUCAGCUGCUGCAGAGCUGCGUGAGCGUUCUGAAAGGUACCACUUAACAAUCCGGCUUGGCCCGGCCCGACCCGACCCGCUGUGAGGACGGACAACGCUGAGAACUGUGGACCAGAGACACGACAGAGACAAAAAUGACACAAAGUCUGUUUUGUUCAUCACUAACCAAAUCCCCACCCACAUCGUCCAAAAGAACAGGGUCCAGAACCUACACCGGUCCUCCUGACACAAAGUCAGAACUGCAGCACCUUUCUGAUCCAGCAGAACCACCUGGGUCAGUUUGGAGCUUAAGUGGAGUUCACAUGAGUCCUUCUGUAAACCCUCUGUUAGGGUUUUUAUUCUGUUACCUAAAAAAAACUGACAGUGCCAGUUUGGUUGCCCCUGUUGAUUGAACUGGUUCUGGUCCGGUUCUGCUGAGCCCUGAAGAACAAACCGAGUUAAACCAAUAAAAACAUGAAUCUAAACAUCAGUUGGGUUCCUAGCGAUUUCCUCCUGGUUGUCAGAUUUUUUCCUCAUGAGUAAAUGUAAAGUUUGUUUCCAGAACAGCGGGUAAAUAAAGAAAAAAUAAAUAAUUUCAGAAAUGGUCUGUAAAAAUAAAAGUUUUUGUUUCAGGAACCGUUGCGGUCCAGUUUGAUUCUGUGUGAGUCCGUGUAAUGUCUGCUGCUGUGUGAUGGCAGUGGUGAGUUCUGGUUCUGGUUCCUGUCCUCAUUUAAAUGUCAUCUCAGAAUCAGAAAUGUAACAAAGCCUUGUAUUUGUAUAAACUAAUGAACGCUAAUCAUCACUGUCACUUUCUCUCUUGAUUUUUUUUUAAUUAUAACUCCAGCUGAUGGUAAAUUGUUUUGCCUUAAUGUCAGUCGUUUUGUUAACUUUUAUUUUAUAAUAAAAUCAUAUUUCCCCUUU